CUAUGUGGUCAGUGCUCUUAUUUUCCGUUUGUUCCACUCUGCUUGUGUCCGUUCGAGCACAAGAUGAUCCAGAAGGAAUCGACGACGAAGGAGCGGAUGCCGAAGCAAUUUACAAUAAAACGUAUAGCGAAUAUCAGACGGAUUUGGAAAGAACCAUUUUUAAGGAUUACGUGAACACAAGAAGACCUGUGAGACAUUCACCAAUUUUCCGAUGUCAUCACCACAAUCAGUAUGACUACUCGCUUAGGAACAUCUCGAGGCCAACAGAUGUGAGCAUUCAUUUCCAUAUUGUGCAUGUGUCAAUCAAUCAACAGGAGCAAACGAUGACGGUCCACGGUCACCUUUAUAUGACGUGGAUUGAUGAAUUUCUCGGCUGGGAUGUGACGGCCUUCAACGGAAUUCGCAUAACAAGAUGCUCAAAAUGGAGAGUUUGGCAGCCGAAGAUCAAAGUGGCCAACAGUGUCGCUGGCAUAUACUCCGCUUUCGAGAUCUCCACUCACGCACACCAAGCCAAAGUGGAAAUGUAUCCGACGUUUUCGAUCAAGGUUGGCUGCAAUCUGGACUAUGCCGAUUUUCCACGAGACGUGAACUCGUGUUCGUUGUCAGUAUUCGCUAAGCAGCGAAUGAGUGAGGUUCGUUUGAGGAAUUACUACAAUAUGCCACCGACACUCUCUAUAGGAUGGGGAAACCAAGCGGACAAGCGGAUAAUCUCUGAUUUCGAGAUUCUCAAUGUGUCUAACCAUCUCACAUACUACAAGCACGGAAAUACCUCGACUCUGGAGCCGAUCACGGCAAAUGAAAUGGCUGUGUCUUGGACGGUGCUGCACACGACCAUCCAUUUCCAAAGACACAGUGUGAUGUUCGGUAUCAGCAUUGCUCUUCCAUGCCUUGUGAGUGUUGUAAUUCAUGACCUAGUAGAACUAAGAUUCAAGUCCCUCUCUUAUAGGAAAUUCUGCUGUCAUGAAAGUUGUGAACCUUUUUGUUUGUCUAAAAAAUCAUUACGUAGACCGAUAACAGAGAGAACACAUUAG